GCAGUGGGAGGGCGCCCACAUUCAGAGUACUGCCCCUUCUUUGCUGUCUACGUCUUCAGCGUUCCUCAAGGUUUUAAUCUUUGAAUAGCGCAGUUAAACUUCCUAGACAGGAGCCAUGGCCAGAGAACACUGCAUUGGUGUAGCGGGGUUUUUUGUCUUCCUCUCUCUUUCUGCCCUGGGGCCCGUUGAAGGAGGCAAACUGUUGGUCAUGCCCGUGGAUGGGAGUCACUGGCUCAGCAUGCAGCUGCUGGUCAAGGAGCUGGCACACAGGGGACAUGAGGUGGUAGUGCUGGUGCCAGAAGCUAGCAUCUUCAUCAAGGGUUCAGACGACUACAGAUCUGAGCACUUUCCUGUGCCGCACAGCAAGGAGCAGCUCCAAGUGAACGGUGUGUUUGUCCACGAGUCUAAUCUUGCGGGGAUCCUCCUCGGCAUCGAGAAGCUGCUGAACUUCACCAACAUGCAGGUGAAAGGGUGCGAGAGCCUACUGUAUAACCAGCCAUUAAUGCAGCGUCUUCGAGAGGGGGGAUACGACCUCAUGCUCACUGACCCCUUCCUGCCCUGCGGCGCCAUCAUCGCGGAGACGCUGUCUCUGCCCACUGUGUUCUUCUUAAGUGGCAUCCCAUGUGGACUGGAAAUGGCUGCUGCGCAGUGUCCGUCCCCUCCUUCCUUCGUGCCCCAGUUGUUCACAGAAAACACGGACCGCAUGACCUUCCCGCAGCGAGUGAAGAACUUCAUGAUGCUACUCGUGCAGUCCUUCUUGUGCAAAAAUCUGUAUGCCAGUUUCGACGAGGUGGCUAGCAGGUUCUUAAAGACGGACGUCACUUACAAAGAGCUAAUAGGACGUGGCUCUAUCUGGCUGCUGAAAUAUGACUUCACUUUGGAGUUUCCUCGACCCCUCAUGCCCAAUAUGGCCCUCAUUGGGGGUAUCAACUGUGCUAAACAAAGUGCGCUACCAGCGGUGAGUCUUGUUAGUCAUACAGCAAUAAGUUUAAUUCCUCAGUGUCAGCAAAUCAGUUCAGAAUUCAUUAUAAAUGUGUAUGGUUUCUUGUCGUUCCAGGUUUUAUGGAGGUACACAGGACCCAUCCCAGACAACCUUCCGGAUAAUAUCAAGAUCAUGAAAUGGCUGCCACAGAAUGAUCUAUUGGGACACCCUAAAGCCAGGGCCUUCAUCACCCAUGGAGGGACUCAUGGAAUCUACGAAGGCAUCUGCAAUGGAGUUCCCAUGGUGAUGCUGCCUCUGUUUGGGGACCAGUCCGAUAAUGCUCAUCGCAUGGAGGCACGGGGUGUUGGUGUUGUCCUCAGCAUCAAUCAGAUCACCACUGAGGUUCUGCUGGAGGCCGUCAACAAAGUCAUUAAUAACAAAAGCUAUAAAGAGAAGAUGACAAAGCUUUCGGCUUUGCACAGAGACCGACCCGUUGAGCCAAUGGACUUGGCAGUAUUUUGGACAGAGUUUGUCAUGAGACACAAAGGAGCACAACACUUAAGACCAGCGGCCCAUGAACUGAACUGGAUCCAGUAUCACUCCCUGGAUGUCAUUGGGCUGCUGAUAACCAUUGUGGUGGUUCUUGUCAUCGUGACAGUAAGAAGCUGUGCAUUUUGCUUCAGGAAAUGUUGCUGUAAGAAGCCAUCUUUGAAGAACAAGUCAGACUGAUUGUAGUCCAAAAGACCCGACUUAAUGGAGAGCAGAAAUGAAACACCCAGGGAAAGGGCAUCUAAACCGAAAACAAAGAUAUUAUUUUUAAUCUAUACUAAGAUUUUUGCCAACUGUUCUAUCUGUGCUGUGUGCAACAAUAAAACUGUAUCAUAAAGAUUUACAGAUUUUAUAACCCAGUGUAGCAGUACCAGGCUAAGUGAUUUAAGUGUCACUGAUUGUGGUGCACUGUGCUCUGUCUGCUUGGCAAUGUGACACUGAUUUCAGUUUGUAAACCUAUUUUUGUCGAACGUAAGGCAACAUCAGCCCACCUUCUUUUUAUAUUGUACUAUUAUCAUGAAAAAGGAAUCAUAAACAUGGAUGAAUAUUACAGAUUAUUUAGCUUAAGCAAAUGUGUUUUAGAUUCAAGAACAGAAAAGGUGGCUCAAUCAUACAGGAUACAAACGACAAAUAGUAACACAAUAGUAACACAAGAUCUCUGUGACAACAUUUUAGUCAGUCUAAUAGUUGUAUAUAUAAACUUUAUGAAGUAUCAAAACUAUAAUGCACCAGUCUAAGAUGAUGUAAGUAAAAUAUUAAUAUGCAAAGGAAUGGUUAUCUUGCUACAUUAUAUGACAUCACUUAUAGUACAACACACAUUUGUGCCCAUACUGAAUCACAUUUUUAUAGAUUUAAAACCACUGAGAGUUUAUUUUUUUCCAUUAUAUUGUAUUCUACAAAUGCUUUCUUCACACGACCAGGAAAAUGAAAGAACUGUACUGCCAUGAAUCUAGAUGCUUAAAGGUGGGUUUUUUUUUAGCGAAAGAAUAAAAAAAGUCAUCCUUAAAAAUGAAAACACAAGAUGCGGUGUUAGAAAACAGAGCUUGUUUAACUAGUGAUUUAAUUUUCAAAAUGUCAGAUGUUUUUAUUCCUGCUGUUAGUUGGUUGACAUUCUGUAUGCAUCGCAUGAAACCUAAGUGACAUUGACCAGAUUUAGCCACAACAUUACACAAUAAAAGCACCAGAUUACCAGAUAACCCCACUCAAUAGAUGUACAUUUCAUAAGGCUUUGUUUCUAAAAACCAAUGUCAAACAAUUUUCUGGAAUAUGGAAAGGCGUCAGUUGUAUUAACUGCAGCUGUUGUAGAGGCAGCAUAACUGACUUUUACCUCCAAAACUCUCUUUAUCUGAUCACUGAUCAGUAGCCAGAAAACUACCUCCAAUUCCGAAUGUGAUAGCUGCAGAGUACAUUUUUUGCAGCUUUUAUAGUGUAGUUUACUUGUCACAUAGUUUUGGUCACAAAAGAUAUUAUUGGUUCAGGUCCUUCAGAAAAACACUCAGUAUACCAUAUGCCCAUCUUGUUCAUAUCUUCCUCUUGGACCCAUGAAUACGCCCUGAUUUAAGGUCUUACUUUUUUUUUUACCUAACUUCCUAAAUCUCCUAACAUCAGUUGCACACAUCAAAUUGUAUGUACCCUUGUGUGGGCCAUCCUUAUGUGCUACUUCAAUUUUUCUUGCUGAUUUUAUUGCACAAAACUGUGUUUUUCACUUGUCAAAUGCCAAAAGAUUCAUAAGUUUGUAUUUUCAGAUGUCUCUGUUCUAAAGCAAUAUUCACAUUCAUUAUAUUUUGAAAACAAUGCUGUUAAAAUAAAACAAUAUUUAAAUCA